ACAGAGCAAAGCCAGUUAGCAGCAUCUGCUUCAGUCACCAGCUGGAUUGCAAACAGCCCUCCAAUUUCCACCUGCUGCAGAGCAGAGAAUUCUGGAGCUGUUCAUCAGAAGGAGCUGGGAUAACUAGAGAGGACCUACACCCAAACCAUUGCAAAAGAAACUUGAAACACCAACAAGUCUUUUGAAACAUUUCCCAAAAAGGCAUCCUUGAAGUGUGUGUGUGUUCUUAAGGAGUUAAAAACCGAAUAAGGGCAAACUGAAUAUUUGCAAAGUCUCUGCGUGUUUGCUUCACUGAAAUCCUGCAGUGAGAUCUUGAACCAACGACAGUUUGCAGAGUGCCUGAUCUUGAAAACUGCUUCCAUUGUACUGGAACAGGAGCAGAGAGGCAGACCUGUGGAAACGGGGGUAUUAUAGAAAGAAGCAGCAUCUUUGACAAAGCAACGUAAGCUCUCCAAACUGCAGGGGCACUGAUUUAAGUGCAAGCAACCGACUCUCAGGCCAGCUGUUGUUCAAGAGAGAAUACUCUUCCCUUGAAAUAGCAUGACUGACUUAUUACUGUGUGUGUGUGAAAAAGACUAAGCCUAGAGGAAGGAACAUCGCAGAGCAGGUCUGAUUUGAAUACUCUGGUCCACUGUCGAAAACUCAACCCCCCACAGAUAUAGUUGGAGAAUAAAAGCUGGGGACUCGCAGCAUCAUGGAAGAUGAGGAAGGUGACACAUCCUGCCCUACCAACAGCAGCCCAUCCUUCACCAGGAAUGAAAGCCGCAGCCAGAUCUAUAGGGGGAACUAUACCUUCUCCUCCUACUAUCAGCACUCCUCUCCAGUGGCCGCCAUGUUUAUUGUUGCCUACGUCUGUAUCUUCUUCGUGUGCAUGGUCGGCAACAUGCUGGUGUGCUUCAUAGUGCUGAAGAACCGGCAGAUGAGAACAGUCACCAACAUAUUCAUCCUCAACCUGGCUAUCAGUGAUGUCUUGGUGGGGAUCUUCUGCAUGCCGACCACCCUGGUGGACAACCUGAUUACAGGCUGGCCAUUUGACAUCAUCAUGUGUAAAAUGAGUGGCUUGGUCCAAGGGAUGUCUGUCUCCGCUUCCGUGUUCACCCUGGUAGCCAUUGCAGUGGAAAGGUUCCGCUGUAUAGUGUACCCAUUCAGGCAGAAGCUAACCCUAAGGAAAGCUCUGGUCACCAUCAUUAUAAUUUGGGUCUUGGCCUUAAUCAUCAUGUGCCCCUCUGCAGUCACCUUGACCGUCACCCGGGAUGAGUACCACUUCAUGCUGGAUGCCUACAACAAUUCCUACCCGCUCUACUCCUGCUGGGAGGCAUGGCCGGACAAGGAGAUGCGCAAGAUCUACACAACCGUUCUUUUCUCUCACAUUUACCUGGCCCCUCUCACCUCGAUUGUGAUUAUGUACGCCCGGAUUGCCUUCAAACUCUUCAAGUCAUCCGCAAGCAUUAGAGGCUCCCAGUUGGAGGAGAACGAGGGAAGGAGAGUGUCCAAGAGGAAAAUCAGAGUUAUCAACAUGUUGAUCAUUGUGGCGUUGUUCUUCACCCUCUCUUGGCUGCCCCUCUGGACUUUAAUGCUGCUGACAGACUACGGGAACCUCACCGAGAGUCAACUCAACCUUGUCACAGUUUAUUUUUUCCCCUUUGCCCAUUGGCUGGCUUUCUUUAACAGUAGCAUCAACCCAAUCAUCUACGGGUACUUCAACGAGAACUUCCGGAGAGGAUUCCAGGAGGCCUUCCAAGUCCAGCUCUGCUCCAUGAAGACAGAACACAAAAACACCUAUUCUGGCAGGACCAACAGUGGGUUGCUUUUUGGGGCACGCAAUCGGAUUUUUGUCGAAGUUCAAGGCAGUGACUCAGCACAGCCCUCUGAGUCUGGUCAGAGUAGCCUUUUGAGAACAGGGCUGUAUCCUGCAAGGAACGGAAAGGUAGCUCACCAUGGUCUGAUGGUGGAGGACUUUGACAGCAAAAGUUGCUCCCCCAAAACUGUCAGUAUCCCAGCUUGGGAUAUCUAAAGAUAUUUGAGAUGCUGAUGGAUUGAUUGUACAAUAUAUUGUUACAUUACUUUCACAGUAUGUGAGCCAUAUCCAUUUCCAGUAAGCUUUUCAAGACCAAAACCCAUUGUUGGUGUAGAUAUCUACAUGAAAGGACUUGACAUUUGUGGAACUUCCUCUUCUUAUCCUGGGUUUUGAUAUUUUGGUAUGAUACGCACCAGUUUUUAUAAAGCGCUGCAAUUUAUAAAUGCUUAUUCCUCCCCUUAGAACCUUGCAUAUAUUCCAAAUGAGGUGUUGGGAUUCAGGCCUGUGUUUAAAGAGGAACCGGGACAGAACAAUUAUUCUGAACUAGAUUUCUAAACAGAAGCGCAGUUGGAUGUGAAUGGUCAGCAACCUCAUAUGUUGGAGACUGCUUGUUGUGCUACCUCAAUAAUAAAAGCAAGGUAAGAGUGAGAAGUGAGAGGAAGAAAAGCCUCCAAUCAGGAAACAGGAAGAUACAUUAUUUAGAGCACACACACCUGCAGACCAUUCACUUACUCUAUAUCAGCCCCAUAAUUGAUCCAUUAACUUUUGUGAGACUGCCCUAGAAUGAUUCAAAUGUUACUGUUGUGUCACGGCUGCUGCUUCUACAUGAUCAGAUGCCAGAGUUUUGGUUUGGUUCUUUUGGUUGUUGUUUUUUUGUAGGAAGGUGCCUCUGGAAUCUGAGAUUCCAGCUAGCAAAUAUUAAGUUUUGAGAAGCAAAUUCAAAACCUAUAGUGUUGGCAGAGAGCGUUUUUUUUUGUUCCCAGCUUAUGGGGUGGGUGUGGGUUACCAGUUUUAUUCAUGUCACCAGGAGCCAAGUUUAAAUGGUGGCAGCACAGCCAGAUCCUGUCAGGGAUUUGGCUGGGGUUUUUUGUAUUAAUACGCAUCACUUUAAAUUUGAAUACUGUUGAUGUGGGUAUCUCAUUGGCCAAUUUGUUGCCCAUUCACCCUCUUGGAGAGAUUGUCACCAAGUUGGUGACAUCUACCUCACUGCUCAGCCUUGACUCCGUGUUAUUUAUGAAUAAGUUAAAUAACACCAGCCCUAAAACAUAUACUUAGAGGAAUGUGUCUCUUAGUUUUAGCAAUGAAAGAAAUUAUCUAUCUCCUCACAACCCCUGCUUCCUGGUGUAUGCCCAUUAGAGGACUUACCUGUACUUUUAUCUGUUUAUUUUCUCCACAGUUACUAAGUCUCCUUAGGAACCUCAGCUGAAAGAGUUUGUAAAAGCUUUUUGAAAGUCCAGGUAUAUAAUACCUGUCAGAUUACCUCUACCUGCAUGUUUGUUGGUGUUGAUACACUAAAAAAAAAAAAUUCUAGAAGGGGUGGUGAGGCGGUGUUCCGUUAAUUUUAUUAUGCUGACUUUAAAUGUUUAGCCCACCUUUCACACAACUUUGCAGAGUAGCUUGUUGUUCUUUAAUUGUUACACUGGGGACUCAGCUACACAGCUGCAAAUAAAACAUUAUAUACCAUAAAUGUGUUGUAAAGUGCAAUAUACAAAUAUGACACUAGAUGGCGACAGUGAGCUAUGCAAAAUUCAAUGUAUUUUUCAAAACUUUUUAAUAUGUGUGUAGAUUCCACCCUGGAGAGGAGAUGACAAUCCUCAUUUCAUUUCAGAAAGGGGUGCAUUUCCACCACAUGGGGUUGCCAAAUGAUCAGAAUAAAGAGACUGUCCUGCUUUUUAACAGCAGCUUGAUCUACAGAAACCAGCAGAUGAAGCUCUUCACCACAGGAAGAAAAACAUGGUUUCAAAUCAAGCGGCUGUGAAAGGCACUGGAUCAGGGACCUUUUUAAAAAUAAAAAAUAAAAUAAAAGUUCUACUUUAUUUCAAAUACAGUGGUACCUCUGGUUAAGAACUUAAUUCGUUCCAGAGGUCUGUUCUUAACCUGAAACUGUUCUUAACCUGAAGCACCACGUUAGCUAAUGGGGCCUCCUGCUGUUGCACCGCCGCCGGAGCACGAUUUCUGUUCUCAUCCUUAAGCAACGUUCUUAACCUGAGGUACUAUUUCUGGGUUAGCGGAGUCUGUAACCUGAAGCAUUUGUAACCCGAGGUACCACUGUACAUGGCUUGUAUCCUUCACUAACCCCACAUUUUAAAGAAUAAAACAACCAAGAAAAUGGAGGAUGUGCAUGUUUGUAUAAGAAAGCAUUACUGAAGCUCAAAGGCAAACCCAAGAGGAGAAUUCAUUUGCUGAAUCAAAGUGUUUACUGCCUGUAUUGGUCUGUUAUCUUCCAUUGCACUGUGACUAAAGACUACCUACCAGAACUCUUUAUUGCCAUUUUUGUAAAUUAACUGUCCUGUGUUGUGAAGGUGGUUAUGAUGCUAUUACAUAGUUGUUGACAAUGUAUCAGAAAUAAAAGAUACUCUUUGUUGCUGUAUGCUUUUAAAUUAUGAGAAUAUUUGUAGCUGCUGCUGCUGCUGCUGCUGCUGAAAUUCUCUGUUGCAUUUAGGGUUGGCCAGCUUCUAGGCAUUGGAAGGAAGCUGCCUCGUGAACUUGAAACAGUUUAGCUUAUAUGUCCAAAGAU